AUGGACUAUCUAUCCUUCUUUCUCUCACUAUCUUGCCUUUCAAUAUUCAUCUAUGCCGUCAUCAUCACUAGCCUCCACAACUCCCGACGUCUUCCGCCUGGACCUCACCCUUUUCCAAUUAUCGGAAACCUCUUAAUACUUGGUGACAAACCCUACCAGACACUUUCCACACUCUCCAAACGUUAUGGCCCGUUAAUGUCGCUUAAGCUUGGAACCAAAACAACAAUAGUUGUUUCAUCAGCGGACAUGGCAAGAGAAUUUUUUCACAAACAUGACCGAUCAUUCUCUGGUCGCUCAGUCCCUGAAACCGCCAGAAUGGUGGACCACAAUAAAUCGUCCAUAGUAUGGCUGCCCGCCGGAGAUCAGUGGAGAAGACUACGGAGGAUAACUAAAGAAUAUUUUUUCUCCGUUCAAUCUCUAGAUGCUAGCAAACUUUUACGUGAAAAGAAGAUAGGAGAACUUCUUGAUCAUAUUGAUCGAUGCUGUACAAAUGGAACUGUUGUGAACGUAGGUGCAGUGGCAUUUACGACAACUCUCAACGUUUUCUCCAACUACAUGUUCUCAUUGGAUUUAGCACAAUAUGAUUCUGUGUCUUCACAAGAAUUCAAGGAUGCGGUAUGGGCUUUGAUGGAAGUUUGUGGGAAGCCGAAUCUUGUGGACUUUUUUCCAAUACUUAGACCAUUUGAUCCGCAAGGACUAGGACGAAGGGUUUAUCAUUAUGGAAAAAAAUUAUUGACUAUUUUCGACACGAUCAUUGACGAACGGUUGCAAAGAAGGUCAAAUUCCUCAACAAACAACGAUGUAUUGGACAUGCUUCUCAACCUCAACAUGAAAGAUGAAUUCGUAUUUAGUCGAAAUGAAAUUAAACAUUUGCUUUUGGAUUUAUUUAUAGCAGGAACUGAUACAAUAUCAAGUACGUUGGAAUGGGCGAUGGCUGAGCUUAUUCGUAACCCUCAGAAAAUGGAAUUGGCUCGUUCAAAGAUUUUUAAAUUAAUGCAAAACGAGAACAGAAGAAUUCAGGAACAAGAUAUCUCUCAACUCCCUUACCUACAAGCUAUCAUAAAAGAAACUCUUCGGCUACAUCCUGCAGGCGCUUUUCUUAUCCCUCACGAAGCAAUAGAUAAUGUUGAAGUACAAGGUUUCAUCGUGCCUAAAAAUGCACAAAUCUUAUGUAACCUUUGGGCGAUGGGACGGGACCCGCAAGUCUGGUCAGACCCGGAAGCAUUCAUGCCAGAAAGGUUUAUGGAAGUCGAGAUUGAUUAUAGAGGCCAAGACUUCGAGUUUAUUCCGUUUGGUGCUGGGAGGAGAAUAUGCCCAGGAUUGAAUAUUGCUCAUAGAAUGUUGCAUAUAGUGUUGGGGUCUUUGAUUCAGAAGUUUGACUGGAAGCUUGAAGAAAAAAUAAGACCACAAGAUUUGGACAUGGGAGAGAAAUUCGGGAUCACAUUGCCAAGAAAUGUACCACUCAUGGUCAAUCCCAUUAAACUUUGA